AUGGCACCCACCAGCGGCACGCCUGCGCCCGCCUUGCCGACUGAGACUGCCACGACCUCAUUCCUCCUCGCAAACAUGCACUGUCCCACCUGUGUCUCGACUAUAAAGACUGUCUUACAAGAGUAUGGCAGCAACAUCGUCAAAUGGGUUUCACCGAACAUCGUUACGUCCGUGGUCACUGUUGAGCACAGUCCAGCCGCCUCCCUCCAGCACAUGCAUAAGCUGCUCGAGGAGAACGGCUUCGAGGUAUGCGGUGUCACAACAUCGUCUGGUAGCAUCUCGGAUCUCGACAUGGGCAUGGAAAUGGGAGACCUCAACCCCUACGGAGAGGGAAGCUCCUCUCAGAAUGAGCCGUCCGGUUCCGCACUGGCCCGAUGGAUGAACCCUUUUCGACCCCUUGCCUCGAAACCCGAGAAAGUAAAGGCCCAUCUUCAAAACUGCGCGCACUGCCAAAACUCGAAGGAGCAUGAACUGGAAGAAAUGCACCAUAUCGAGAGCCUUGUUCCCGUGCAGACAAACACGAAUCGUACCAGCUUGUCUGUCAUCCAGGAAAAGGAUCCACACACCUUUGUCGCGAUCGAAAGUGCCGACGCCUUGUCACCACAGCCAAUAUGGAGAGCCACCCUUGCCGUUGGAGGGAUGACCUGUGGAGCUUGCGCCAACAUGAUAUCGGAAGGACUGAAGCAAUACGACUGGAUCUCCAAGACCACUGUCAAUCUUCUCAACAACAGCGCCAUUGUUGAUUUGACAGAACCAAAUCGAACAGACAACCUGGUCCGAGUUAUCGAAGAACUGGGAUACGAGGCCACGCUCAGCCAAGUAGUUGUUGUCCAACCAAACAAGCGGAAAAACAAGUCGGACACAUGGCAAGCUACAGUAGCCAUCGGCGGGAUGACUUGUGCAUCCUGCACCAACGGGAUCACGGAGGGCUUGAAGAAGCUGGAUUGGAUCGAUGAUGUUGCGGUCAACCUGCUCUCCAACAGCGCCACGGUUAAGUUCCAUGGUCAGCACAACGCGUCGAGGAUCGUUGAGGCUAUCGAAGAGCUAGGGUUUGACGCAGUUGCCGACAGUGUGAUCAGCUUGGGUGAGAAGGAGACAGAACACAACGAAAGAGCGGUGGAGAUCAGGAUAGAUGGUUUACAUUGCGAUCUUUGUCCAGCACGGGUGGUAAACUGUCUUGGUGGAUUUCGACGUCAGCUUGAGAUCAACAACCCCCCCACUCGUUCUUGGCCUGUCAUUAGGGUCACCUACGUCCCUGACGCCCCUUUUUUCACAGUCCGACAAAUCCUCGCGGCCAUCGACGCCAGCGACCCCGGCUUCAGGGCAUCCAUUUACCAUCCUCCCUCCUUGGAAGAAAGAUCCAAGCUCAUCCUACGAAAGCACCAGAGGGCCAUCUUAUAUCGGGUGAUCUUCACCGGCCUCGUCUGCAUCCCCACCUUUGUCAUUGGCAUCGUCUACAUGAUGCUGAUUCCCCACGAAAAGGCGCACACUCUCAUGAAACCCUGGACCUCUGGUAUCAACCGGGCCCAAAUCGCGCUCUUCAUCCUCGCCACCCCAGUCUACUUUGGCGCCGCCGAUGUCUUCCACAGGAGCGCCGUCAAGGAAAUCGCCACGCUAUGGCGCCGCGGCAGCAGAGUGCCGAUUCUGAAGCGCUUCUACAAAUUUGGCAGCAUGAAUACGCUCAUGUCGCUUGGCACGUCGGUGGCCUACUUUGCGUCGGUUGCUCAGAUGAUUGCUGCUGCAGCAAGCCGUGCUACCGAGACGCAUGAUGGGAACUUUUACUAUGAUACUGUGGUGUUUUUGACUUUCUUCUUGCUGCUGGGGAGGUACAUUGAGAGUUAUAGCAAGAAGAGGACGGGAGACGCGGUGGAGCUACUGGGGAGGCUGAGGCCUACCACGGCGAUAUUAGUCAGCGGGUUUGGGUCCGAGAAGGAAGGGGAUGAGGUUGUCAAGGCGGAUUUGCUUGACUUUGGGGAUGUGGUCAGGGUGCCACAUGGGGCGUCCCCGCCGAGCGAUGGCGUGGUGAUUGGUGGGGAGAGUAGCUUUGAUGAGUCGAGUUUGACGGGGGAGUCGAGGUUGGUGAAGAAGGGGGCGGGGGAUCGGGUCUUUUCGGGGACGGUCAAUAAGGGGUCGUCGAUUCUGGUGAGGAUUACAGGGGUGGCGGGCAAGUCGUUGCUGGAUCAGAUUGUCAAUGUGGUGAGGGAGGGGCAGACGAAGCAGGCCAAGAUUGAGAGAGUGGCGGAUUAUCUGACUUCGUACUUCGUGCCCGCCAUUACGGCUUUUGCGAUUUUGACGUGGAUUGUCUGGUUUUCGUUGGGGUAUGGGGGUAGGCUGCCGGAGCACUUUCUGAGCAAGACUACAGGAGGGUGGAUUGCGUUCAGCCUCCAGUUUGCAAUUGCCGUGUUUGUGGUGGCUUGUCCUUGUGGUCUUGGGCUUGCGGCUCCGACGGCAAUUUUCGUUGGGAGUGGAUUGGCGGCGAACCAUGGCAUUUUGGCCAAGGGAGGUGGUGAGGCUUUUGAGAAGGCGAGUCGGAUCGACUGUGUGGUUUUUGACAAGACGGGAACCUUGACGACGGGAGGGGAGCCCAGGAUUACCGACGCUGAGAUCCACGGUGAGGGAACACCGGAGGAGAGUACCUUUUUGGCUGCUUUGAAGGGUGUCGAGGAGAAUAGCAGCCAUCCGAUUGCCAAGGCGAUUAUCAGAUUCUGCACCAUCAACAAGGAGCUGCCCCAGGUCACAGCCGACAAUUUACAGGAGCUUCCUGGGAAGGGCAUGAAAGCGAUGUGCCAGGCUGCUGCUCCUGAGACUUCAUUUGAGCUGAUCGUUGGCAACGAGGCUCUGAUGAAGGACUUUGGUGUCGUGAUCUCACCCGAAACUUCACAGAGUCUUGAGAGGUGGAAGACGGAGGCCAAGUCUAUCGCUCUGGCUGCCACCAAGUUGCCCUCUUCCGGUUGGACACUCGCUGCCGCUCUCUCCAUCUCGGAUCCCGUUCGCCCGGAAGCCAAGGUUGUCAUCGCCGCUCUUCAAGAGUCUGGCACACGCGUCUGGAUGCUGUCCGGUGACAAUCCUACCACCGCCACCGCCGUCGCCCGACAACUCGGGAUCCCCGCAGACCAAGUCAUCGCCGGCGUCCUCCCAGCGGGAAAAGCCGACCAGAUCAAGUACCUCCAGUCCACCGUCAAGGCCCGCAGGGGUACAAACUCCGAGUCCUCCACUGAACGCGCCAUGAUCGCCAUGGUAGGAGAUGGCAUCAACGACAGCCCCGCCCUCGCCACAGCCGACGUGGGCAUCGCCAUCGGCUCAGGCUCAGACGUAGCCAUCAGCAGCGCCGACUUUGUGCUUGUCAAGUCGGACCUCAAGACGGUGGUGACGCUGCUGGAUCUGUCGAGGGUGGUGUUUAGGAGGAUCAAGUUCAAUUUUGGGUGGGCGAUUGUGUACAACACGGUCAUGAUCCCGGUGGCGGCGGGGGUGUUUUAUCCGAUUGUGAGCCAGGGGAAGCAUGUUAGUCUGGACCCUGCGUGGGCGGCGUUGGCGAUGGCGUUGAGUAGUAUUAGUGUCGUGUUGAGUUCUUUGGCGUUGAGGUGGAGGUGGUUGGGGUUUAGAGAGAGGAGGUUUGUUGUUGGGGAGUAG